AUGAAAAUUUUAACCUGGAACUGCCGAGGGAUUGGCAACCCUUGGACAGUUAAUGCUCUCCGGGAUCGAUGCUGGAGAGAAAUGCCAGAUAUUGUUUUCUUAAUGGAAACAAUGAUAGACGCUAAGAAGCUAGAACGUGUAAGGAGCAAAUGUGGCUUUGUUCAUGGGGUUUGCUUGAAUAGCGAUGGUAGGUCGGGGGGGAUGGGCCUCUGGUGGAGGGAUAUAGCAAUGAAGGUGUGCUCGUUCUCGAGUCAUCACAUAGAAGCUGAGGUAUGGGGGGAGGAUAACAUUCCUAAGUGGAGAGCCAUUGGCAUUUAUGGGUGGGCGGAAACGGAGGAGAAACAUAGAACAUGGGAGUUAAUGACUACUCUAAAAACUCGAUGCUCUCUACCGACGGUGAUGUUUAGAGAUUUCAACGAAAUCCUUGGUAUGCAUGAGAAGGAGGGGGGUGUGGUGCGACGGGAAAGAUUGAUUGAUGCUUUUCGGGAGGUGAUAGACUCAUGUGCACUACGUGACUUGGGGUAUAAGGGAUGUAUUUUUACUUGGCAGCAUGGCAAUACGGUGAACACCCUAAUCCGUGAGAGGUUGGACAGGUACUUGGCCGAUGAAGAUUGGGUCUAUCUGUUCCCGCACAAUGAGGUCCUUCAUUUUCCCAUAUACAGGUCUGACCAUGCACCUAUACUCUUAAAAUGUGGCACGGAAAAUGUGAGAAAAAAGGGGAAGAAAUUGUUCCGCUUUGAGUCAAUGUGGUUGUCAAGUGAGGAAUGUGGCCGUGUGGUGUCAAGUGCUUGA